GAUACAGAUACCUGCGAUUCAGGCGAGUUUACUUUGCUCCGUGGGAACUGCACCAGAGCUGGAGGUCUGAAAAAGAACUGUGUUUGAUAUGCAGAUAUGAUAGAAGACUGCCUGAAAGCUGCUUCCUUUGCCACUUCCUGUGGAGGCCUGUCUUUGCCAUUUGCGGUUUCUUUCUUCUUUUGGUAAGGGGAGGCAGGAUCUGAUUACAGGUCUGAGGUCCUUUCUAGCUGCAUAGAGGAGUUAGUUGGCAUAACAGGAGGGAAGCAGGUGCAUGUCUCUGCAGCACUUCUCAUUUGGGGACCUUUUCUCUUUGUUCUUCCCACUCUUUGCUACCAGAGGCUGGAUUGAGAAGAGGCACUAAAGUUAUUAACUUUGACCACCACUCGGGAGCAUGUGAGCAGGGCCAGGUUGAUGUUCCACACUGAGGUCAGCACCUUGCAAGGAGGUAGUAACAUCCAGUCGUGAAACUGGGAAAAGCAAGAGCUCUUGGAUCAGGGAAACAUGUCCCGUCGGAAACAGACAAAUCCAAAUAAAGUUCACUGGGAUCAAGUAUUUGCUGGGCUAGAAGAGCAAGCCCGCCAGGCGAUGAUGAAAACUGAUUUUCCUGGAGACCUUGGCAGUCAGCGACAAGCUAUCCAACAACUAAGAGAUCAGGACUCCAGUAGCAGUGACAGUGAGGGUGAUGAAGAGGAGACCACACAAGAUGAAGUCUCUUCCCAUACAUCAGAGGAAGACGGAGGGGUGGUCAAAGUGGAAAAAGAGUUAGAAAAUGCAGAACAGCCUGUUGGUGGGAACAGUGUGGUAGAGCAUGAGGUCACGGAGAAUUUGAAUUCUGACCCCUUACUUGGACUCUGCCAGUGUCCCCUCUGCCAGCUAGACUGUGGGAGUCGGGGGCAGCUGAUUGCGCACGUGUACCAGCACACUGCAGCGGUGGUGAGCGCCAAGAGCUACCUGUGUCCUGUCUGUGGCCGGGCCCUUAGCUCCCCCGGGUCACUGGGUCGUCACCUCUUAAUCCACUCGGAGGACCAGCGGUCUAACUGUGCUGUGUGUGGAGCCCGUUUUACUAGCCAUGCCACGUUUAACAGUGAGAAACUUCCUGAAGUCCUUAAUAUGGAAUCCCUACCGCCAGCCCACAGCGAGGGCCCCUCCAGUGCUGAGGGGAAGGACACUGCCUUUAGUCCUCCAGUGUACCCUGCUGGAAUUCUGCUUGUGUGCAACAACUGUGCUGCCUACCGGAAACUGCUAGAAGCCCAGACCCCCAGUGUACGCAAGUGGGCCCUGCGUCGACAGAACGAGCCUUUGGAAGUCCGGCUGCAGCGGCUGGAACGAGAGCGCACAGCCAAGAAGAGCCGGCGGGACAAUGAGACCCCCGAGGAGCGGGAGGUAAGGCGCAUGAGGGACCGAGAAGCCAAGCGCCUGCAGCGCAUGCAGGAGACAGAUGAGCAGCGGGCACGCCGGCUGCAGCGAGAUCGGGAGGCCAUGAGGCUGAAGCGGGCCAAUGAAACCCCGGAGAAGCGGCAGGCCCGGCUCAUCCGGGAGCGGGAGGCCAAGCGGCUCAAGAGGAGGCUGGAGAAAAUGGACAUGAUGUUGCGAGCUCAGUUUGGCCAGGACCCUUCUGCCAUGGCAGCCUUAGCAGCCGAAAUGAACUUCUUCCAGCUACCUGUGAGUGGGGUGGAGUUGGACAGCCAGCUCCUGGGCAAGAUGGCCUUUGAAGAGCAGAACAGCAGCUCUCUGCACUGAACCACACCCUCCUGCCUGCCUUCCCACUCAGCCGUCCCCAGGGUCCUGUCCUUGCUGCUGGAGGCAGGCCGGAGUUUGCUGCAGGUGGACCUGUGUACCCCUUGCAUAUGGGAGCAGGAUGAUGGGGUCAGGAGGGACCCAGCUCAAGGCAGCUCUGGAUGAGGGAGCAGGCACUCCAGACACCUUGACUCCCCAGCCCACUGCUGCAGGGCAUGCGCAUAGGACUCUGGGGCCCUAGUGUGGCCCACGCCCACCCCACGGAGUUGUGAGGGCAAAUAAAUUAAUUUUAUCUUUA